AUGCGAUUGGCCAACAACACCGAGCGGCGAGAGAAUCAGGCAUCCGCCGACUGCAAACUUAUCUCCGUUCGCGAUCUUUACUCAACUCCCGUCCUUUCUUUCGGCGCCCCGAAAUGCUCAACCCAAACUGAGUCACAAUCAGAGGAUUGUGUGAGAGCCAUGAUUAAAGCAACUCGUACACGGAAUCGGGCAUCUGUCUCCUGUGCCCUCUGCCGCAAAAGAAAAAUACGAUGUAAUCGAGAGACGCCAUGCAGCAACUGUAUAAGAUCAAAGACGGAGGCUUGUGUGUAUGAGACCCAGGUACCAUCCGAGCAAAGACUAGGGGCACACCCUAUUGCACCCAUUCAACCACGGCGCGAUAAGAAGGGUCCAACAAAUGCAUCUAGUAUCCACUCAGAGGACACUGGUGGAGUAGUCUCGUCUUUCGCAACUCCUCAAACUAACGACAGUCAACACUCUGCUUUGGAGCUGGAGACCCUGCGAAAUCGAAUCACGGAGCUUGAAGACAAACUUUCCCAAGCUUCCGGUGCUGCCAGCUCAGUUUACUCUCCAGCUGCUUCUACCCCAGUGUCCACACGUUCGGUGCAAACAAUUAGCAGUUUCGCAUGUACCUUAGAUGUUCUCGAGGAUGCCCGGACACCUAGUGGUGUGGCUAUCUCUCGGAGUGUCGCGCACAAGAACCGUGUAUUUGGGCAAAGCCAUUGGAUGAAUGGUAUCGUCAUGUUUCGUGAGAUCAUCGAGAGCAUGGAGCCUUGUAUGCGAAGCGAAUACUCGAAUGUUGUCGUUACGGUACAUCGAGCUAAAGCAUUGGCUCGGGUCAUCAAAACACGGCGCUCUCCAACUUGGCCGACUCCGCCGACUAGAGACCUACCGCCAAAACCAGUCUGUGACGAGCUUGUUGCCGCAUACCUUCGGACAAUGGAGACGGUAUACCGUGUCUUGCACGUUCCAAGCUUUCAGCGCAUGUAUGAGAGCAUAUGGAACAAUGACACUGAACCUGACAUGGCCUUUGUAGUCAUGCUCAAGCUGGUUCUAGCAAUAGGUGCCACGGCAUACGAUGAGAACAUGUCGUUGCGUCCUGAAGCAAUGCGCUGGGUGUACGAAGCACAAACAUGGCUGUCCUCACCCAUGUUCAAGUCGCAGCUGGGUAUCCAGUAUCUGCAAAGCAAUGUUCUCCUCAUCAUUGCGCGCGAAUUUGUUGACGUGGGCUGUGAGCUCGUCUGGAUUUCGGUUGGUGCAGUGUAUCGUGCAGCAGUGUAUAUAGGCCUGCACAAGGAUCCUUCUCAACUGCCUGGCAUGUCGGUAUUGGAGGCGGAAAUGCGCCGUAGGGUCUGGAAUACGAUCCUCGAGCUGUCGCUGCAGACGAGCAUGGUGUCUGGUGGGCCACCGCUGUUUUCAGAAGAUGGAUUCACGACUGCACCGCCGGGGAACUUUGAUGAUGAGCAGCUGUUGGAGGCGGAGCCUAUCGCAAGAUCGGACGACAUCUUUACGCAGACGUCAGUCGCGAUCGCUCUUCGAAGAACAGUCUCGGUCCGUCUUGCAAUACUCAAAUUCCUGAACGAUAUCGCUUCGAGCGGAACAUACCACGAGACAUUGCGCAUUGAUUCAGAGCUGAGAGCCGCAUACAGAACGAUGCGUCGCACAAUGCAAGGCUACUAUGCGGACGCCACUUCAUCGCCUUUGCAAUUCGCGCUGCAAGCAACAGACUUUGUGAUGCAGCGCUACAUCACCAGUCUUCACGUCCCCUUCUUCGCGUCCGCACUCAAAGACCCCAUGUUUGCUUAUUCGCGAAAGGCAACAAUCGACUCUUCGCUCAAGAUCUGGAGGCUGGCACAGCCAGUAUCUACGGGCAGUCUUCCCUCUACGAGUGAGACAGACCUAGCUCGUAUGUGUCGGUGUACAGCAGGCUUCUUUCGCUCGUUUGCUUUCCACGCUGCUAUAUUCCUGGUUACAGAGUGGCGCACGCAGGUGCAAGACGAGGAUGAUUCGGCCGAUUGGAUGUCGAGUCCGCUCAGUGGUGUGGCUAGAGAUGCUGCGAAUUGGUAUCUCGGCUGCGUGCAAGCUGGCGAAACGGGCAUCAAGGGCUACCUUUUGUUGUGUCUCGUUGCCGCAUGGACUGACGCAACAAAGCAGCAUGUCGACAAGUCGGACUUAGCUGCAUACCUAGCAAAGGCGUCGCAGCGAGCUGCGGACAUUUGCAUGCCGCUACUCGAAGCUGCAGCAGGCGCUCAAGAGCAAUGUGGCAGGCCCGCUGAUUCGAACGGCCUGGGAGGCUCCGACUCACUGAUUUCAGCUGACAGCCACGCCGAGGACUGGGACGCGCUGAUGUGGGAGACAUUCCACAAUGAGGAUAUGGAAAGCGUCAACUGGUUCAUGCUAUGA